AUACUUUCUACUAUUCUUCAUGCUUAUUCCACCUAUUUCAACCUAACCAACACCUUUUCAACAAUUAGACAAAAAAUCCCACACAAUUCUCUAUAUAAACAAUUGAAACUCAACAAAACCCUACAUAUUCUCUUGAAUCCAAAAUGGCACCCAAUAUGGACAACAACUUUCUCCAAAAGCACAACAACAACAACAACAACAACAAUCAGAAGCCUUCGAGGCUCUCAAUGGAGAGCCUCCAACGCACGAUCUCUGACAUCUCGUUCGAGCUCAUGAGCCAGGAAGCCCUAGCCUCCGGCCCAGAGAAGCCGGCCCCGCCCUUGCCCCCGAUCUCAGAGGUCGAGGACGCAAAGUGCGAGUGCUGCGGGAUGUCAGAGGAGUGCACCCCGCAGUACGUGAAGAAAGUGCGCGGGACCUACGGCCAGAUGAUAUGCGGGCUCUGCUCAGAGGCCGUGAAGGAGGAGAUGGAGAAGAACGGCGGGAAGAGAGAGGAGGCCCUGCAUGCGCAUGUGAGCGCGUGCGCUAGGUUUAACCGCCUUGGCAGAGCAUACCCAGUGCUCUGCCAGGCGGAGGUCAUGAGAGACAUUUUGAGGAAAAAUAGGGCAAAAUCACUUAGCCCUAGGGAUAAGGGAGGCACGAAUCAAAGAGGGGGAAUCGCUAGGAGUUCGAGCUGCAUACCGGCAAUUACUAAGGAGAUUAAUGAUUGGAAGAAGGCCUAAGCUUAAUUAAUGUUGACUUAAUUAUGUGUAGUUAAUUAUGAUCAAUUAAUGUAUGUGAGAUCGAUGUCAAUAAAGAGAAGGGGGAUUAAUUAAGGUUUUUAA